AUGCGGUUCGGCAGGACGUUGAAACACUCCAUCUAUCCGCCAUGGAGUAAGAAUUAUAUCGACUACCAACGGCUGAAGGUGCUUCUGAGGGAGCACGAUGUCACUGGUGAUGAUAGUGACUCUGACAACCCUUGGACGGAGCAGGACGAAGAGGCCUUUGUCCAGGAACUGCUCAAUGUUCAGUUAGAUAAGGUCAAUGCAUUCCAGGUGCAGACCUCGCAGCAAUUGAGGGAACGGACUGCUGCAUGUGAGGCCAAGCUGCGACCGUUGGCUCCUUCCGACGAUGAGACUUCUACCGUGGAUGAUGACGAAAAAACGAGAAUCGCCUCGGAGGUUUUGGGGGAGCUGGAUAACAUUACCAACGAGGUGACUGAGCUGGAGAAGUACAGCCGUAUCAACUUUGCCGGUUUCCUCAAAGCUGCGAAGAAGCACGAUCGCAAACGUGGAGCUCGGUACCGUGUUAAGCCCUUGCUCCAGGUCCGCUUAUCGCAGCUGCCCUUCAACUCCGAAGACUACUCCCCUUUGGUGCACAGACUGUCGGUGAUGUACUCCUUUGUGCGCGAGAUACUGACCACUGGUACUGUCGAGCCCAAUACCCCCGAGCCAGGAUUCGGACAGGGCAGUUAUUCUUCGUUCAAAUUCUGGGUCCAUGCAGACAACAUUCUGGAGGUCAAGACGCUUAUCCUUCGAAAGCUCCCGGUGCUGAUUUAUAACCCCACAUUGUCGAAAGAGUUGGAAUCUCUCCCUGUCGACCCUACCAUCACUUCUCUCUAUUUCGAUAACCCCAACUUCGAUCUCUACACGCAGAAAAUCACACGAAGCUCUGAAGCUGCCUCGCUUCGGUUGCGUUGGACCGGAAGUCUCAAUGACAAACCCCCAGUUUUCCUAGAAAAGAAGGUUGUGACGAAGGAUAACUACAGCCGGGAGGUGAAGGUGCAGCUGAAGCAGAAACAUGUCAAGGAGUUCCUGGAGGGCGAAUACAGAAUGGAGAAGCAGGUCCACCGGAUGGAGGAUAUGGGCAAUAGCGAGCUGGAGCAAGCAGAGUUGCUCAAACACGACAUAGAGGAGCUGCAAACUUUUGUCAAGGAAAACAACCUGCAGCCUAUGCUUCGCGCCAACUAUACUCGCACUGCCUUCCAGAUUCCUGGAGACGAUCGCAUUCGAGUCUCUCUUGAUACCAAUCUUGCAUUGAUCCGGGAAGACUCGCUAGAUGAGCGCCCUUGCCGGGAUCCUAACGAAUGGCACCGUGCCGAUAUCGAUGACGCCGGGAUGGAGUACCCGUUCAGCGGUAUUCGAACCGGCGAGAUUUCUCGUUUCCCCCACGGUUUGCUGGAAAUUAAGCUGCGAGGAGAUGCCGCUCACAAUUCCUCAUGGGUUAAGGAUCUGAUGGUCUCUCACCUCGUCAAGGAAGCUCCCAGGUUCUCGAAGUUUGCGCAUGGUGUUGCCCAGCUGUUUGAGGAUCAUGUCAACAGCUUCCCAUUCUGGCUCGGCGAGCUGGAGAACGACAUUAGACGGGACCCUGAAACUGCAUUCCACGAAGAACAAGAACGCCAGGCUAGACAGGCCGAAGAGGACAUGGCCGUUGGAAGCUUCCUCGGAAACAAGACCGGCAGCCCAUCUGUUCGGCCACUCGUAGGAUCGCCGAUGACCCGAUUCACCGAUCUCGAAUCCCCAUUGCGGAAGAGACGGUCAUCUCAGUUCUUGAUGCCUACCAGCCGGCCUCCUCCACCCAAGAAUAAUCAGGAGCGGCAACCCCGGGAAGAGCCGCUGUUUGUGCCACAAGAAGAGCGACAGAUCACCACGUCUCGCCUGGCAGCCCUGUUCCCCGGAUUCUCACGGACCCGUCGCGCGCAACAAUCUUCUGUUGUCUUGCCACCGGGCGUGCAGGAACCCGGCACAUGGAUCAAGGAUUCUGGCCCGGUCCGCGUUGAGACCAAGGUCUGGCUUGCCAACCAGCGGACCUUCAUCAAGUGGCUGCACGUCAGUGUCCUGCUGUCGUCGCUGUCGCUUGGUUUGUACAACGCGGCCGGCCGCCACAACGACAUCGCUCGCGCUUUGUCUAUUGUGUAUACCUUCUUUGCGAUCUUUUCCGCCGUAUGGGGAUGGUAUAUGUACGAGCUGCGAGCGCGACUGAUUCGUCAACGAAGCGGCCGGGACCUUGACCACAUGUUCGGCCCGAUCGUCGUGUGUAUUGGUCUGGCUGUUGCUCUUAUUCUGAACUUUGCUUUCAAGUAUACAUCCACUAUUGAAAAGCUCCGCGGAAACCAACCCCAGCUCAACGCUACUUCUAUCGAUGCUUCUUACGUGAUGGUUGAGAAGCCCGAGGUCUGGGGCCUCGUUAACCAAGGCGACAACUAUUAG